AAGAAAUAUCCUUCAGCUCUUACAUCCUUCGAGCAAAUCACAAAUUACGCCAAGGGAAAAAAGGUAGCACUGUUUUUGGAUUAUGAUGGAACUCUUUCACCUAUUGUGGAUAAUCCCGACAAUGCGUUUAUGUCCAGUGCGAUGCGCUCCGCUGUUAAAGAUGUUGCUAAAUUCUUUCCAGCUGCGAUUAUCAGUGGAAGAAGUCGUGAUAAGGUUUACGAAUUGAUUGGACUGAAAGAACUUUUCUAUGCUGGUAGCCAUGGCAUGGACUUGGCUUGCCCAGUCAAAAAUUCCAACUCAUUAUUUAGCCAUCACAGUUGCAUUAGGCGUAAUUAUAAGCAGGGCAAGGAACCAAACUUGUUCCAACCUGCAAGCAAGUUCUUACCAAUUAUCAAUGAGGUUUUUAAAUGUCUCAUCGACAAAACUAAGGACAUUAAAGGGUCAAAAGUUGAGAAUAAUAAGUUUUGCUUAUCUGUUCAUUACCGCCUCGUGGAUGAGAAGAAUUGGACUGUAAUUGCCCAGCGCGUACAUGACAUCCUCAAGAACUAUCCUCAUCUGCAAUUAACACAUGGGCGGAAGGUUUUAGAAAUCCGCCCUAUAAUUGAUUGGAAUAAAGGGAAAGCUGUCAACUUGUUGCUUGAAUGCCUAGGAUUGAAUGAUCGAGACGAUGUCCUUCCCAUUUAUAUCGGCGAUGAUCGUACUGAUGAGGAUGCCUUCAAGGUUUUAAGAGAACUGAAUAGAGGUUAUGGUAUUCUGGUUUCUUCAGUACCAAAAGAGACUGAAGCUCACUACUCACUGAAAGACCCAUCCGAGGUGAUGGUGUUUCUCAGAUCUCUCGUGAGAUGGAAAAAUUCUCAAAUAGCAUUGGAUUGAUCUACCCGAUAUUUUCUAUCUAAUCUAGCCAAAAAAUAGAGAAAUUAAUAAGGAUCAAAUAUAAUAUUAAUAGUUUAAUACCUGACUACCACUUGUGCUGAAUUUAGUUGUUUUGUUUUUGCAGAACUAUUGCAAUAUUGUUGUGAUUACUAUAUCAAUUAUGUUUUUGGUUUAA